AUGGCCCCGACACGCAACAAGGCAACCAAGACUACGAAUAAGAAGACUACUAAUAUGAAGGUCAACAAGAAGAUCGUCAAAGCUCCCCAUCCUCCUGUCGAUCUCGACAAGCUUUUCCCGCCCUGGGGCUCCAAAGAGGCCAUGAACCAGACGGCAAACAAGGAAGCUACUGACAUCGCUCUGGCCGUGUACCAUGACAUCAACGCCUACCGCGAGCUUGAGAGACUUGCGGGAGAGAAAGUUUAUGGUUGUCCAGAGACGUUCUCCAACCUGCGUGCCUUUACGGAACUAUUUGUGGAGCAGGAAAUUGCCGGGUACAUGUCCUGCGUAGAAUCCUUCAAGGCAGAACAUGGUGAGUUCCAACCCGUCACACCUAAUAGCAGAUUCUUAGAGUUUGUUACUGCACUCGGGUGGAAGAUGUUUGCUAUCUGUUCCCAUGCCGAAUCAUUCCGGCGAGGUAUUAAAGAAGCCGACGAUAGAGCCUGGGGCUGCUUGCUCCAGAAGAUUCGCGAAAACUUCUUGAGUAUUGAACUUUACGCGCACAGCCGUACCCUGAAGUGGCGCAACAUUCUUUGGAUCCAUCAGAACUACCUCAUUCCAGGCCUGCCAGAUAUGAAACCUGAAAUCGAGACAUAUAUGAACUGGAAAGUCGACCACCCUCACCACACCGUCAUCACGCUCGACGGCAAGCUGAAGGAGCCCACCUAUAACGGCCAGUUACAGAAGCACAUUAACGAGAGUAUCUAUGAUCCCAAGAAGUGGAAUGGUCGGAAACAGGACCCGACGCUGCGCCAAAGGCCCAAUGGCACCCCGACCAACGUUGGACACGAAUGUGUUCUAUGUGGCAGCCCUGUUUCUUGUGGUUGCCGCUUGGAAACUCGAGCCGGAGAACUGGUUGAGCUGAGAGAAUACCCCGGGACCGGUACUGGUGUUCGAGCGCUGACGAGAUUCCGGCGCGGUGAUAUCCUCGAUAUAUUCAUGGGUGAGCUCCUUCCCAGUAUCGUAGAGAAGGUCUAUCCUCUGACGCAAACCGAUGACAAACCCAAUACGACUACCGCUACAGUUCGUAAUUUGUGUACAAUUUGCCCCCACCAGUUUGGUAACUGGACCCGUUUUAUCAGCCACUCGUGCCGGCCCUCGACGCAAUUCACGACUCGUACCAUUGGAGACCGAGUUGUGUGCACAGUUGAGGCCAUUCGUGAUAUUCUACCAUUUGAGGAGAUCACCGUUGGCUAUGGUGGUAGGUACUGGAGUGCUCUUGACUAUGAGUGCCUAUGCGGGUACUGUGAUGGUUCUGGAACUGAGUAG